AUGGGAAUGAAGUUCAACACAUUUGGAGAGCUGGUCGUGAUCCUUCCUGUUGAAGAUCCAGCUGCAGGCUGUGUGGAUUUCCUUCACUGCCUCGUCAUCAUUCAGCAGGCGCUCAUGAGCGUCACGCCUCCUCUAGCCACCUGUCCGGUGGAGCUGAUGUCCAGUGAAUUUGAUCAGCGUGUGUAUUACAUUGACAUGAGCCAGUCUUUGCAACUGUCUGCAGUUUACGUACCCAAGGCGUCUGCUGAGAUAUUUCCUUUGGUGACUGUGACAGACCCACAUUUACUGGCUUUCCAAGCUGUUUCAUACAUCGACGGCUUAACUUCCGAGGGAGACAAGAAAUACAAGCUGAAUAUUGUAUUGCUUCAGCAGCUGAUUACAGAGAUGGCUGAUCCAACUUUUUCUCACAGUUUACUGAAGGGGGGCAUUUCCACCCUCACGGUCGACGUGCUGGAUAAAGGCCUUACCUGCAAGGACAUGCAUCCGCUGAACGCAUUUAUCAAUGUUGGAUGUCCGCCAAACAAACACAUCAAAGUUUUAAGGAAUGUGACAGUCUGCUCCAAGGGACAGUUUAAUCAGGAAACACUUCAGAACAACUUCACCUACACCAUUUCCAAGAAGACCUAUGACCCCCAGUAUCUGUAUCGUCAGGAUUCAGCUGCAGAAGACCUCCGUGUGCUCUACAGCUUUGUUGAUCUACAGUGCCCCCUGCUGGUUUAUGUCGAUAAUCCUUGGCUGCCGCUUUUAGAACUGUGGGAAGGCAAGACGUUUGUAGAAUUUGUCCCAGUGGACUUUGUGAUGUUCGAAGUCCACGGGAUGUACAAUUAUGUGUACCAGCAGUCUGCGCGCAGUGCCGGGUGCGUGUCCCAGCCUCAGACCUGGAGAUCAAUGCUGAAAACCCAGUCUCGGCCCAACCCUCACACUGCCUGGAACAGAAAGAACUACGUGAGCUGUAAAGAUCCGUCCGGGCCUCCUCUGACAUCACCGGAGCUGGAAUACGAGGUUCUGAAAGCCGGUUCUGGGAACAUGGUCAUGUUUCCCAGCUAUAACGGGUUCUAUAUCUUCAAAGCCAUUGUGGUGGAUCCCACAUACAGUUUCUGUGAGCUGUCCGUCACCUUCAGCGUGUACGUGUACGGUGCCUUCCCGGAAGCGAAGUUUGACUCGCCGCUGACCCUGGUCGUAUUCCUGGUCAUUUUCGCAGGGAUAAUGCUGGUCGGGUUCUACCUGCCGUGGUUCCUGCUAAAAAGACCCAACCCUUAACGUACAAAGACGAGCCUCUGCUCUGCUGUGCUGACCUGCCGGGAGCUCUUACACGACAAAGCAUACAAGGCAAUGGAUGAGCAACUCCGGUUCUACAAUGAUGUGAAAUAACAGCAACUACAGUUCAGAUUUCUAUAACGCUUUUCAUCACAAGGAUCCCAAAGAGCUUCACGCACGCACGCAGGCACGCACACGCACACGCACAUGCACACACACACACGCACGCACACGCACACACACCAUUAAACCAUUCAAUUUAAAACAGCCCGAUACAAAAUGUAAUCAAACAGACAUUAAAAAAAAAAGAUAAAAAAUGUGGUUUAAUUGUAAAAGAUAAAAAGCUAGUUUGUAAAAAUAGAACCAGUAAAAACAGUCUAUUAAAAAAAAAACAUGACUAGAAUUGAAUUAAUAAUAAGCUUUGGGAUGUGGAUGUGAAGGGGUUUAAUUUCACAAUGAAGAACGUGGUUGGAACAAAGACGUGGCCUGGAAGCCCAUUCCAUUCCAGAUAUGAAAGGGUUAGAAACAGUAAGCAGCAGCAUGGUGUGUGGAAUAUCCCUGGCUUCUGGUUCUGCACAUCCACCACCCUGAGGAGAGACGCCAAGCCAGACCACUCGGACUGUAGAGUUUCUGAGGUUUGCUCUUUCAUGUGUCCUUAAUGACAGCGUACACAGCUGUAUCUGAUGGCAGCUUUGUUUUCAAUUAAACUUGACCUG